AUGGCGAGACCCCAAGAUACGGCUUUGGCCCGAUUCUUUGGCCUCCCUAAGGUGCACAAAGACGGCGCUCCUCUCCGACCCAUCGUGUCGCUCAAAGGGACUCUAACGUACGGACUGGCUCAGUGCCUGUUUCCGCGUCUCAAGUUCCUGACAACUGAGUCAGACACCACGGUCUCUUCGUCAGCACAAUUCCUGGAGAAACUCAAAGGGGUAAGCAUCCAUCCAAAUGAGAUCAUGAUAUCUUUUGAUGUUACAUCCCUUUUUACUUUUAUUCCCCAGAACCUGACGAUCGAGACAAUCGAGCUGCUGCUACAAAGCAAAUACGAUGAAACGGAGAACCGUCUUGGACACGCCCAAGUCCUUCAGCUCUUGAAGCUCUGUCUCAGGACGUACUUCACGUUCGAUGGGAUAAUCUACGAACAGGUGAAGCGCACACCAAUGGGUUCGCCGAUUUCGGGAUUCAUCGCCGAGGUGGUCCUGCAACGGUUAGAGUCGUUGGUCUUCCAACACCACAGACCGAAAUUCUGGGCCCGGUAUGUGGAUGAUAUCUUCUUCGUCAUCGAAUGGGAUCAGGUGUUGACAUUCCAAGAACAUCUCAACGCCGUCUUCUCGGACAUUAAAUUUACAAUGAAGGAGGAAGAGAUUAACCCGCUGGCCUUCCUGGAUGUCCUCGUAUACCGCAAGGAUUGUGGUGGACUAAAGACCAAAGUGUUCAGGAAAGCGACAAAUACGAUGCAAGUACUGAACUUCAACAGUAACCACCCAAUCAGCCACAAACGCAGUUGUGUAAGGACGAUCUAUCGGCGUGUCGAAACCCACUGCAGUGAGCCGGAAGACAAAAUGGCCGAACUACAAUACCUCCGACGAGUCUUCAAAGCCAAUGGCUACCCGCGCAACUUCGUCGACCGGUGCAUACGAAAAAGGGACGAAAGGCCUAACCGCACGGACACCAAAUCUUGGCGGGCACUUUCGUAUGUCAAGAACGUUUCGGAAACUGUCGGUCGCCGGAAGACAGCUCCGAAAGAGAAUGGCCGAACACGCGGCAGCGGUGCGCAGAAAUGA